AUGGAGGUGGAUGAUGAUCCUGACCCAGAGCCGCCAACUGGAACACCAACUCACCCCAUCAGUAUCUCCAGCGGUUCUCCUUACCAAGGAUCGCCAUAUCAAGGCCCCGACUCAUGGGCCGAAAGGUGGAACACGUACCAAUGGGAAUAUACCCCUUCUUUUCAUAAUUCUCCACCACAACCUCCAUUGGAGGAACCAUAUCUUCAAGUUGUUACUCCACCGCCUUUGCCCGUUGAGGAACCACCACAACCCCCUUCUGAGCCACCUAAGCGAAAGAGGAAUGCACGGAUGUCCAUGCGAGGGAGACCAAGAUUUAGUUCCCCUCAAGCUUCAAGCACAUACCCUCCUAUUCCCGAAGAUCCACAAAUGGGUGGACCUUCACAUGCGGUGCCGGAAGAUGAUACCCCGCCGGUUACUUUUGCAACACCACCACCGCCAGCGGGUUUUGAAAACCCAAUACCAACAUACCCAGCUUCAUCUGGGUAUAACCCAUUUGAAUAUCCAACUCCUACGGAUUAUGGAUAUCAAGCCCCUACCUAA